GUAAUAUUACAAAAACCAGUGAAAGAGAAUAUUAUAUGGGUUUUCCUUGUUGCGCAAGAGAAAUAUCAUAUCUUCAGCCGGGUAAUCAUUGCUGGAAUUUUGAAUUAGCCCUUCCCGGAAAAUUAAUAGAAACGAUUGAAGAAAUGUCAAUCCAAAAGUCUCGGUGUUUAGCAGAUUCUGAAAAUAACCAAAUUCGUAUCGAACAUAAAGUAAGAUUUGAUGUAACAUUCCAAAAUGAAGAUAAAGAUUAUUAUGAAGUUACAGCGAGUUUAACUGUCAUAAUUACUUCAUGUCCAAGUCGGAUCACGAAUCAACAUUCUUGA